UUCAUCGAUUGUCGUUUGUUUCGAGCUUCUGUCAUAUGUUGUAUAAUCUGUGUAUAAUAUUAAUAUACACGGAUUAUACGACAUAUGACAGAAGCUCGAAACAAAUGACUGCGAAUGAAAAGCCCGAUAAUAUAAGGAGCAUAAACCAUAUAAAAAUAGCAUAAUGAAAUGAGCAUAUUGAGUUUUAUGUUUAUGUUCUAUUAAUUUUGUUUUGUUUAUAUUACAUAUCUUUAUUGUAAACUGAGCGAUUUCACAUUUUUGGUGUAAAAUUAUUAUUGGGGUGCAUAAAAUCAAAUGUAAUGAAAUGGAAGUCAAACAAGAAUUUAGUGAGGAAAGGUGUAAAAUAGAAAUAGAGUAUAAUGACCUGGAUGAUGCUCUUCUGGAUGGACUUAAAUGUGAAAUUAAGGAUGAAUCUAAUAAGCAAAGUACCCAGCACACAUAUGAUUCUUUUGACUUGAAAAAGUGUCCCAUAAAAACUGAGAUAGAACAUGGAAAUGAACUUAAUCCAUGUGAAGAAAACCAAGAAACUGAAAAAGGUUGUCUUCAAGAGAACAAGAUGGAAGUUGUGGAGACACUAACUGAACAUUCAUCGCAGGAAGAAAAUUACAUGAAUCCACACGCGGAAGGAAAAACAUUAAAUAAAAAUAUGAAAGUCGGGACUGGAAAAAAACCUUACAAGUGUGAAAUCUGUUUUAAACAAUUUAGUAAAGGGAAUUUAAAAGUACAUUUGAGAGUGCAUACUGGAGAAAAGCCUCACAAAUGUGAAAUUUGUUUUAAACAGUUUAUUACGGCAAGGCAUUUGAAAGUACAUUUGAGAGCGCACACUGGAGAAAAACCUUACAAGUGUGAAAUUUGUUUUAAGCAAUUUAGUAAAGUAGAUAAUUUAAAAGUACAUUUGAGAAUACAUACUGGAGAAAAACCUCACAAGUGUGAAAUUUGUUUUCAACAAUUUAGUCAAGCAGGGAGUUUAAAAAUACAUUUGAGAGUGCACAGUGGAGAAAAACCUCACAGGUGUGAAAUUUGUUUUAAGCAAUUUAGUAAAGUAGAUAAUUUAAAAGUACAUUUGAGAACGCACACUGGAGAAAAACCUCACAAGUGUGAAAUUUGUUUUAAGCAAUUUAGUAAAGUAGAUCAUUUAAAAGUACAUUUGAGAGUGCAUACUGGAGAAAAGCCUCACAAAUGUGAAAUUUGUUUUAAACAGUUUAUUACGGCAAGGCAUUUGAAAGUACAUUUGAGAGCGCACACUGGAGAACAACCUUACAAGUGUGAAAUUUGUUUUAAACAAUUUAGUCAAGCAGGAAGUUUAAAAAUACAUUUGAGAGUGCACAGUGGAGAAAAACCUCACAGGUGUGAAAUUUGUUUUAAGCAAUUUAGUAAAGUAGGUAAUUUAAAAGUACAUUUGAGAGCGCACACUGGAGAAAAACCUCACAAGUGUGAAAUUUGUUUUAAGCAAUUUAGUCAAGCAGGGAGUUUAAAAAUACAUUUGAGAGUGCACAGUGGAGAAAAACCUCACAGGUGUGAAAUUUGUUUUAAACAAUUUAGUCAAGCAGGGAGUUUAAAAAUACAUUUGAGAGUGCACAGUGGAGAAAAACCUCACAGGCGUGAAAUUUGUUUUAAGCAAUUUAGUAAAGUAGAUAAUUUAAAAGUACAUUUGAGAACGCACACUGGAGAAAAACCUCACAAGUGUGAAAUUUGUUUUAAGCAAUUUAGUAAAGUAGAUCAUUUAAAAGUACAUUUGAGAGUGCAUACUGGAGAAAAGCCUCACAAAUGUGAAAUUUGUUUUAAACAGUUUAUUACGGCAAGGCAUUUGAAAGUACAUUUGAGAGCGCACACUGGAGAAAAACCUUACAAGUGUGAAAUUUGUUUUAAACAAUUUAGUCAAGCAGGAAGUUUAAAAAUACAUUUGAGAGUGCACAGUGGAGAAAAACCUCACAGGUGUGAAAUUUGUUUUAAGCAAUUUAGUAAAGUAGGUAAUUUAAAAGUACAUUUGAGAGCGCACACUGGAGAAAAACCUCACAAGUGUGAAAUUUGUUUUAAACAAUUUAGUCAAGCAGGGAGUUUAAAAAUACAUUUGAGAGUGCACACUGGUGAAAAACCUCACAAGUGUGAAAUUUGUUUUAAACAAUUUGGUCGAGCAGAUAGUUUAAAAAUACAUUUGGGAGUGCACACUGGUGAAAAACCUCACAAGUGUGAAAUUUGUUUUAAGCAAUUUAGUAAAGUAGAUCAUUUAAAAGUACAUUUGAGAGUGCAUACUGGAGAAAAGCCUCACAAAUGUGAAAUUUGUUUUAAACAGUUUAUUACGGCAAGGCAUUUGAAAGUACAUUUGAGAGCGCACACUGGAGAAAAACCUUACAAGUGUGAAAUUUGUUUUAAACAAUUUAGUCAUGCAGGAAGUUUAAAAAUACAUUUGAGAGUGCACAGUGGAGAAAAACCUCACAAGUGUGAAAUUUGUUUUAAGCAAUUUAGUAAAGUAGGUAAUUUAAAAGUACAUUUGAGAGCGCACACUGGAGAAAAACCUCACAAGUGUGAAAUUUGUUUUAAGCAAUUUAGUAGAGUAGUUAAUUUAAGAGUACAUUUGAGAGUGCAUACUGGAGAAAAGCCUCACAAAUGUGAAAUUUGUUUUAAACAGUUUAUUACGGCAAGGCAUUUGAAAGUACAUUUGAGAGCGCACACUGGAGAAAAACCUUACAAGUGUGAAAUUUGUUUUAAACAAUUUGGUCGAGCAGAUAGUUUAAAAAUACAUUUUAGAGUGCACACUGGUGAAAAACCUCACAAGUGUGAAAUUUGUUUUAAACAAUUUGGCCGAGCAGAUAGUUUAAAAAUACAUUUGAUAGUGCACACUGGUGAAAAACCUCACAAGUGUGAAAUUUGUUUUAAGCAAUUUAGUAAAGUAGAUCAUUUAAAAGUACAUUUGAGAGUGCAUACUGGAGAAAAGCCUCACAAAUGUGAAAUUUGUUUUAAACAGUUUAUUACGGCAAGGCAUUUGAAAGUACAUUUGAGAGCGCACACUGGAGAAAAACCUUACAAGUGUGAAAUUUGUUUUAAACAAUUUGGUCGAGCAGAUAGUUUAAAAAUACAUUUGAGAGUGCACACUGGUGAAAAACCUCACAAGUGUGAAAUUUGUUUUAAACAAUUUGGUCGAGCAGAUAGUUUAAAAAUACAUUUGAGAGUGCACACUGGAGAAAAACCUCACAAGUGUGAAAUUUGUUUUAAGCAGUUUAGUAGGGCAAGUGAUUUGAAAGUACAUUUGAGAGCGCACACUGGAGAAAAUCUUAUCAGUGUGAAAUUUGUUUAAAACAGUUCGCUCAAAAAGCUCAUUUAACUUAUCACAUGAAAGGUCAUACCUGAGAAAAACCUUACAAGUGUGAAAUGUGUUGUAAGCAGUUUAGUGAAGCAGGUACUUAAAAAUACAUUUGAGAGUGCACACUGGAGAAAACCUUACAUGUGUGAAAUUUGUUUAAAGCAAUUUAUUAAAGCAGUGUGAAAUUUGUUUGAAGCAGUUCGCUGAAGAAGCUCAUUUAACUUAUCACAUGAAAGGUCAUAACGGAGAACAACCUUACAAGUGUGAAAUGUGUUGUAAGCAGUUUAUUACGGCAAAUGCUUUGAAAAAACAUUUGAGAGUGCAUAGAUAAAUUAAUAGAUAUAAAUAAAUAAAUUUGACUAAGGCGGCUGCACAAUUGCCCGGGAACGGAAACGGAAAAAAAGUUAACCUCUACGUAAAUUAAUGUUUAGUUGCACAAUAACCAAGAACGAGAAACUGUCCGGUAACGUGAACGGGAAAGUUGUCCAUGUUUCAACUUUCUCGUUCCCGUUGUAUUCCCGGAACCAAUCAGAAGGCAGGAUUAAAAAUUCUGUCAAAUGUCCAAUAAAAAUUUGUUAUUCAGUGUGAGUAACCAAGUUUUAGUUACAAGUUUGAUACAUAUAUUUUGCAUUAAAAUGAAUGACGAACUAUUGAUUUCUUUAUUGGAAAAAUGUCCUCAUCCGUACGAUUGAUGCAGAUCAUAAUGUAUGAUAGCAUAAAUAUUUGAAUGAUAUGCUUUUUAUAUUUAUGCUGAAAACCCUUUGUGAUUGCACACAUAUUGUGUAAAUUAGUUGCAAGAUCAUAAAGAACGAAAAUAUAAAAAGCUCGUCAUCAAAUAAAUCCAUAUUUUCAGAGUUACCAGACAUCCUUUUUUAAUAAAAUUAGAAAAAAAUCGUCCCACAAAAUUUAUUUUGAGAAAAAAAAUUAACAGCUCAAGUGACAGUGACAUAAAACAGCUGUUUACCAUUUAAUUGUGAAUCUGCUGAUGCUUUCAGUUUCCGUUCUCGUUCCCGUUUCUGUUCUCGUUCCCGGUCAAUUGUGCAGCCGCCUUUACACUUAAAUACACAGAGUUUAAAAAAUGUAUAAAUCCAAUCAAAGGUACCUACAGUUUUAAAAUUAUGACAAUUACAUAAAAGUAACAAAACAAUAAUUAGCAGGUGCACUACUUACAUAAGUUUAUAUAGGUCCAUUUAGAUAUGUUAGUUCCACGUACUAUUCAUAAAAUCGUUUAUUGUGUACGUACGGUUUUAAUUUACACAAAAAGCUUACAGUCUGCCAUAUCAUCGAGAUAGGGCAGACAGUUAACCUCAGAAUUGUGAUCUCUGAAACAAAAAAAAUCGUAUGGCAUUUGAAAAAGGUAUGUUUCUUACGUGACAAUUUACCGCAGUUAGUGAAAAAAUCCGCAAAAAAAAUGUUUGAAAAAAUUUUGUGAAAAAAUUACCCUUUUUUUCAGUUUUUCAUGGUGAAAAAUAUUGAUUUUAUAUUUUUUGUUCAAAUUGUAGUAAAUUAUCACGUAAGAAUCCUUCCUUUUUUAAAUGCCGUACGAUUUUUCUGUUUUAGAGAUCCCAAUCCUGAGGUUAACUGUCCGCCAUAGGAACAACUAUUUUUCAAGGCCUCGACUUUUGCGCCCUCUACAAUAUUAGUGUACGUGCAUAAAUGAAAAAAGAUAUAUUUUUUGUACUCUCUAACGCCCGGUUUCAUAAUCAACUUAAAGUGAACAUUAACUAAAGUUCACUUUAAUGUGUAAUUUGUUCACUAAUUUAUUACAAUUCCAUUGAUAAAGGUACCUACCAACUUAAUUAAAGUCCACUUUAACUUUAUUAUGAAACUGAGCGUUAGUUAGAUAUUAAUAUGUAAAAAGUUUUAUCUUUUAUGUUAAUUUUUAAUAAAGGUUCUGAGAAAAAAAUGCUUAUUUUUGAUCUUGCUAAAGUCUACUAGUACCUUAAAAAGACAUUUGAGAGUGCACACUGCUGACAAACCUCACAAGUGUGAAAUUGGUUUAAAACAGUUCGCUCAAAAAGCUCAAUUAACUGGUCACAGGAAAGGUCAUACCUACGGUUAUUAGACAUUUAAGGUCCUUUUCAUGGGCAUUUUUCAGUGCGUUACAAAUGAUAGAAAAAAAGGUAAGUCCGUGAUAAUACACAUUUUUAACAUUUUUUUCUAACAUGGCAUUUUAGUUAAAUCUGACAGUUGUCUCAUUCUAUUUGCAAUUUGGCAUAAAAACAAAUCAAUUGUGUUUAUUGCAUUUAUAAAAUGGUAUUUUCUUUGAUUUGUAUAGUCUUAUAAAUUGUACAGAUUAUAUUCGUAGAUAUAUUAUAUAAUUCGUAAAUAUUUUUUUUUCGAUU